UCCCGGGUCACCCGACACCAGCAAGCAGCCCGUGAGCCUUACCCCAGGAACGGGCCGGACAGGCCUGGCCAGUGCCAAGAUGAGUGUCACCUCCUGGUUUCUGGUGAGCAGCAGUGGUAACCGCCACCGGCUUCCGCGAGAGCUCAUCUUCGUGGGGCGUGAUGAGUGUGAGCUCAUGCUGCAGUCCCGCAGCGUGGACAAGCAGCAUGCUGUCAUCAACUACGAUCAGGACAGGGAUGAGCACUGGGUGAAGGACCUGGGAAGCCUGAACGGGACCUUCGUGAAUGACGUGCGCAUCCCGGACCAGAAGUACGUCACGCUGAAGCUCCAUGACGUCAUCCGAUUCGGCUACGAUCCCAACAUGUACGUCCUGGAGCGCGUGCAGCACCAGGUCCCCGAGGAAGCGCUCAGGCACGAGAAGUAUACCAGCCAGCUGCAGGUGAGCGUCAAGGGCCCGGCCCCCAGGAAGGGCGAAGCGCUGCCCCAGCACACCCCUUACUGCGAGUCCUUGGGUCCCAGGCCGGAGAGGGGGGACCGGAGGCCAGGGGCAGAGACGGCGGCCUACCGCACACCCCUGUAUGGGCAGCCCUCCUGGUGGGGCGAGGACGACAGCAGCAGCCCCCCCGAGGACCGGCGCCAGGAGGAGCCCUACGCAGAGCGGCCCAAGGAGCCGGCCCAGCCGGACGGGGAGCUCCCAGGGACGCCUGGCCUCCGGGCGGCGGCGGAGCCUCAGGGCUGCCCGUUCAGGCGGGAGCCCAGUUACUUUGAGAUCCCCACGAAGGAGGCCCCGCCGCCGCCGCCGGCCCACGAGGCACCCGCCACGGCCCCCAUGGUGCAGAGCCACGCCUCCUUCACCAUCGAGUUCGACAACUGCAGCCCCGGCAAGGUGAAGAUCAAGGACCACGUCACCAAGUUCUCGCUGCGCCAGAGGCGGCCCCCAGACCAGGAGGCCACGCCUGUGGAGGCCGUGUCUGCUGAGACCAAGGUGGCCGACUGGCUGGUGCGGAGCGACCCGAGCCUGCUGUGCCGGGCGGGCCCUGGGGAUGGCCACCACAGCACCAAGAGCGACCUGCCCGUCCACACCCGCACCCUGAAGGGCCACAAGCAUGAGGACGGCACGCAGAGCGACUCGGAGGACCCCGCGGCCAAGGCAGCGGUGGCGACGGCCGGGGUCCCCGCGGAGGGCAGCGGGACGCAGGUGCGUCUGCACAGACAGAUGAAGCGGGACCCCCAGGAGCUGCUGCAUAGCCAGCAGGCCUUUGUCAUCGAGUUCUUCGACCAGGACACGCCCCGCAAGAAGCGCUCCCAGUCCUUCACGCACACCCCUCCGGGGGACCCCAAGGCCGACAAGCGCCGAGGCCCCGGGCCGGCGGACAGAGACCGCUCAGGCGUCCCUGCUUCGGCGCGGGGGGCAGGCGGCAGCUCGGGGCCGCAGCGGGCCAGCUCACUCAAGCGGGAGAGGACAGAGGAGCGCCCGGGGGGCCCCUCGCCCACCUCCCGGGGCUCUGUGCGACCCUUUGGCAGCGUGGGGCGCCGCUCCCGUCUGGCCCAGGACUUCAUGGCCCAGUGCCCGCGGGAGGGCUCCCCGGCCACCCGGCCGGGCCCUGACAAGGCAUCCCCAGCGUCACCGGCCCCCGAGACACCCCGUGGGGCCAGCCCCGUGGCCCCUGCGACCCCACCACCGCCCCCUGCCGACCCCCAGCUGAGCAAGGCUCGCAAACAGGAUGAGGACGACAGCCUGAGCGAUGCGGGGACCUACACCAUCGAGACAGAGGGGCAGGACCCGGAGGUGGAGGAGGCCCGCCAGAUGAUCGACCAGGUCUUUGGGGUACUUGAGUCUCCUGAGCUCUCCAGGGUAUCCUCGGCCACCUUCCGUCCGGUCAUCAGAGGGGACAGAGAUGAGGCCAGUGACGGGGUCGCCCAGCGAAUGGCGCUCCUGCAGGAGUUUGCCUCCCGGUCGGUGGGCAUAGCCCCCCAAGGGGAGCUCCAAGGCCUCCCGGUGCCGGGCUCCCCUGGGGGUCAGAAAUGGGUGUCCCGCUGGGCCAGCCUGGCCGACAGCUACUCAGACCCAGGCCUGGCAGGGGAGAGCCCUGGGCACAGAGCGGGGGAGCUGGAGGGGACCCUGCCUGUGCGCCAGCGACGGCGACUCCCACAGCUGCCCAGCGACCGCGCAGACAGCCCUGGGGGCCUCGAGGCCACCAAGAGGAGCGGCCCUGGGCCUCCGGAGCCGGGCAGUGAGCAGGCCGGCUGCCUCUUGGGCCAGGAGGACUUGGAGCCUGACAGCCUCAGUGAUGCCAGUGGGUCGGACGGUGGGCGGGGCUCCGAGCUGGGUGGGGGCCCGCAGGAGGAGAGACGCAGGAGCCCCCAGGAGGGACCAGCAUGGACGAAGGGCCGGCGCUCGCCAAGGGCCCCUGGAGAGCCAGCCCCCGCCUCUUUCUUCAUUGGGGACCAGAACGCGGAGACAGCCUUCCCCAGGAAGCCAUCAGCGGCUGUAGGGGAGGUGGACGGCCCAGGGCGGGUGGCGAGGGAUGGCGUCUCCGUCAGCUCCAGCGGGAGGAUGGUUAUCCAGCUGCGGACAGAGCGGUCCCCAGAGCCCGAGAGCCCUGCCCCGGCCUUGGUGCGACAGGAUAGCUUCAGCAAGGAGCCGGCUGGUGGCCCCCCAGCGCCUGGCCAGCUUCCGCGCAUCUCCAGCCACCCCCUCCUGCAGGACCUGGCUGCUGCCCGGGCCUCACGCAUGGACCUGCACCCCCAGGACACCCACCUGAUCCUGAAGGAGACAGAGACAGCCCUGGCAGCCCUGGAGGCCCGGCUGCUCUCCAAGUCCACGGAGGAGGCAGAGGGCCCGAUGGGCAGCAGCCCCAGGCCGCCAGACGACUCCCUGUCCGGGGACUCUGACGUGGACACGGGGAGCACAGUCAGCCUGCUCAGUGGUAAGAACGGGCCCAGCCCAACCAGUCCCCAGCCCGCGGGGCCGCAGAAGGAGAAGCCACCGUGCCCACCAGCAGCACAGGACCCGGGGAGCGUCUCCUCGAACAGCGCCCGCGAGCGGCUCUCGGACAAGCAUCGUCGCGCUCCGGGCCCCACGGACGUGGGCCGUGCAGAGCUGGGGAGGCGCCUGGCUGUGCGAUGUGGCACCGGGGCCCGGGCAUCCGCGGGCUGGCCUGACGAAGAGCGAGGCUCCGGCCUGGCCCACCCGCCCGGCGCAGACACGGUCACCUCUGACCACGAGACCCCCGUGGCCCCUGGGGCGGGGCGGCCAGGGCCUCGCCGGAAACCGGCACCUGCAGCGCCGUCCCCGGCUCCACGGGAAGAGCAGGGCCGUGGCUCCGCCCAGAAGGUGCAGCAGGUGCUGACCCGCUCCAACAGCCUGUCCACCCCUCGGCCCACACGGGCCUCCCGGCUGAGGCGGGCCCGGCUGGGGGAUGCCUCGGACACGGAGGCUGCCGAUGGCGAACGGGGGCCCCCGGCCAACCCCGAGCAGGCCAAGAAGCUGUCGCGCUUGGACAUCCUGGCCAUGCCCCGGAAGCGGGCGGGCUCCUUCACCGGGCCCAGCGACUCCGAGGCGGCCCCCGCCCGCGCCGGCUUCUCUGGCCGCAGCGUCGACUUGUACUGCUCUGGCCGUAAACCCGUCGUGGCCGAGGCUCGGGCCGCCGCCGCCAGGAAGGCUGCCAACACCUCCACGGCCCCCCGCCAGCCCUUUAGCAGGGCCCGCCCGGGCAGUGCCCGAUACUCCUCACCCAGCACGCGUCGCCGGCAGCAGGGCUCGGAUUGCACGUCCACAUCCGAGGAAGAGUACGGCUCCCACCACGGCUCCCCCCCACACACACACUCCCAUGCCUCAACAGCCACGCAGACCCCGCGGGCUGGCAGCUCCAACCGGACUCGCUCCCGGGCCCCCAUCCCCCGGGACACAGAUGACGAGGAAGAAGAUCCUGACCCCUAUGGCUUUAUUGUGCAGACGGCAGAGAUCGCUGAGAUUGCCAGGCUGAGCCAGACACUAGUGAAGGAUGUGGCCAUCCUGGCCCGGGAGAUCCACGACGUGGCCGGGGACGGCGACUCGCUGGGCUCGCCGGGGCCCGCCCGCAGCCCCUCCCUCAGCAACGUGCCCAGCACCCCUGCUUCAACCAUCUCCGCCCGUGAGGAGCUGGUGCAGCGCAUCCCCGAGGCCAGCCUCAACUUCCAGAAGGUGCCCCCUGGCUCCCUUAGCUCUCGAGACUUGGACCAGAACAUGAACGACCGCUGUGAGGACCCCCUCGCCAGCAAGAUGCGGCCUCGGAGCCGCGAGGAGGUGAUCUUUGACAACCUGAUGCUGAACCCCGUGUCCCAGCUGUCCCACGCCAUCCGGGAGAACACGGAGCACCUCGCCGAGAAGAUGAAGAUCCUCUUUCAGAACACAGGGCGUGCCUGGGAGGAGGUGGAAGCCAGAAUCAACUCGGAGAACGAGGUGCCCAUCCUGAAGACAUCCAACAAGGAGAUCAGCUCCAUCCUGAAAGAACUGAGGCGCGUGCAGAAGCAACUGGAAGUCAUCAACGCCAUCGUGGACCCCAGCGGGAACCUGGACCUGCUGACCGGGAACCGGGGCUCCGCGGGCUCGGCCCAGCUGGGGAAAGGCCGGCCGGCUGCCCAGAGCCCAUCCUCACCCCCCUCGGCCCUGCCUCUGAGGAGCUUCCCACAGCGGGCGAACUGCGGGUCCCCGGGCCUCCCGGACCCUGCCUUCCUGCCCGACUUCCUCCCCGAUGCCGAGAGGUUCCUGAUCUAGGCGGCCGGGGCCGGGGCGGCCUCCGCGUGCCCUGGGUCCAGCACCUCCAGCCCCUUGUCUGCCGCCACGGCCCUUCCCGGCUGCGGACCGUUCGCCACAGACCCCCACGUGCCAUAACCCUGUGGGCAGGUGCCUCUGUGCCCACAGCCCUCCCUAGCUCCCAGCCGGCGCCCCAGCUGGACGGUCCAGCCCCUGUGGCCACCCCCGCUGUCCUCCUGGCCCAGCUCCUGCUGUGGCCUCCGCCAAGGGCCAGCGUCACAGACCAGGCAUGCUGCAAUGCCCAGACCUUGCCACCAGGGGGUGCUGUGGGCGAGAAAGCAGCAGGGAAAUUUCAGACGUUUGCUCCUCAAAAGAGAAGUUAUUUUAUUCCAGCCAUUCAAGGACAGGACGACCAGAAGCACCCUCAGUGUCUGUAGGACCUGUUUCCGUGCUCUCAUUUUCACCCUAAAUAGUGGUGAUUCAUACCUUCCCUCUCUCUUGCUCAGUCUUGCUGGGGUCUACCAAUUUUGUUACUUUUUGUCUGUCCACACGCACUCAGGAGAGAGGACUCGUGCCCAGCAGGAGCAGAGGUGAAAUUAAGGAUCCUGCUCAGAGCUGAGUGUCCUCAAGGCUGUAUGCACAGGGAGAAGGCCCCGGGAGAGAGCAGGGAAGCUCAUCUCUUUCCCAGGCUCUGGGUGGGAGUAAAAAACCUGCGGUCAGAAAUGGAAACCUCAGAGAAUGCCGAGCAGCUAGUAAACAGAGCUAAAGACGCACCUGAGGCGGCUGGACGUCAGCAGGACGCAAAGGUUGAGGUGAAGACCCGCAGCAGGGAGAGUCGGAGGCACAGGACGCGGGGUGUAGAAGCUCAGCACACACUUCGCCUGAGUUUCACAAUGUGAGGAUACAGAAAAUAGGCAGAGGCCAUAGCCAAAGAGAUAACGGCUGAGAAUGUUCUAGAAAUGAUCACAGGCAUAAAUCCUCCACUUUAAGAGCUCCAAGCCCCAAGAUGGGUGGAUGAGAACCAUCCUCACCUGGACACCCCACGCUGAAACCCAGAAGACCCAAGACAAAGAGAAAACCUUCAAAGCAAACAGGGAGGUAAGAGAAGCAGCCUUCAGAGGGACAGCAGGUGGACGGACGCCCAUUCCUCCACGGGGAGCUGCGUCCGAGGUCGGGACCUUUAGCGACUGGAAGAGAAUUGUCACCCAGCUAAACCAUCAUUCCAGAGUGAGGGAGAGACAUUCUCGGACGGUGAAGCCUGGAGCUUUCCUGCUUUCCCAGCCGGGAUGCAAGAAUCCAGGAAGGAUGGGAGCUGAGCUUGGAGAAGGAGGGGUGUGCAAGCCCACCGAGUAAAGAAACCGGGAAAUGGGUGGCACAUCUUAGUAGCCCCUAAGCAGGAGACCAUGACAGUGACUGGGGAGCAUCCCCCAGAAAAGGGGGCCUGGCACCCCAGAGGUAAAUGAACAGAAUCCCUGAGGCAGUUGUUGGAAGCACAGUUCCUUUUGUUCAGAGGGUGGAGAGAACACUUAGCAGCAGGCUCAAAGCCCAGCAUCCCGUUAGAUGCCAGGGUGGCCGGCCAGGGAGGGGAAGGCGAGGGAGUUUGCUUCCAGCCACGUGGUGGAUUCAGGACCUCGAAGAGCAAGACGUGGAUAAAGGAUGACGAAAACACACACAAAUGCUUUGUCAGACUCCACGGAGCACGCCUUGGCUGGACUGGGGCCAUGGUUGCAGCUCGGUGAGGCCCGGUUAGGCCCUGGUCUGCCUGAUGCCGGGGGUUCUGCCUCAGCUGGGGGUUCGCCCGAUGCUGGGGGACCUGCCCAACAUUGGGGGGCCCGCCCAAUGCUGGGAGAUCUGCAUGAUGCUGGAGGUUCACCCGAUGUUGGGGGGCCUGCCCGACACUGGGGGGCCUGCCCAACACUGGGGGAUCUGUGUGAUGCUGGGGGUUCUGCCCCAGCUGGGGGGGCCUGCCCGAUACUGGGGGCCUGCCCGACACUGGGGGGUCUGCCCAAUGCUGGGAGUGAUCGAGGACCACUCUCCCCGUCAGCACCCAAAGGUGGACAACCCACUUGCCGGCGAAUGAACUUGCGGAAACCUGUUGGUGUCCACCUCCGCUUUGGGUAAAAAACAAAAGGAAACAAACUCUGUUGUGUGAAGGGGGCCCGUGGGUAGACGUGGGGUGAAGCGGAUGACGUGCUCAUGGGAGCAGCCCGGUGUGCAGCCCACGGACUUGUGGAGAGGCCACACCGGACCAGGGGGCUGCAGUGAAUUAGCCGUUCUUGUCAUUUCUAUAAACUGAUGUUUUAUUACAGUCAGCCCCAAGCAAACUGAUCCUCACGAUGGACACCAGGAGCCUUGAGAGAGUUGUAAGCUCCGCAUUCACACCGCAGGGAACACAGGCUCACGGACUCCCCAGGGGCAUGCAUAGCCUAAGGCUGCUCCCCGGCCCCGCUCUCCUUCCCGCAGAAACCGCGGGCAAGCAGCGCUCCCAGCUGCCCCCUCCGCCUGUGCCCAAGCCCCGCGCUGCCCUGGGGUCCCGUGCGGGCUGUGAGGAUAAUAACCAUAAACCUUUCCCACACGUGUGGGGUCCUGCCAGACCUCACCUGCAAGGACACGAUUAAAACGGAGUCGGACCGCACCCCUGAAGAUGUGGGAGCAUCAGGGGUCACCUGGGGGGCGGCUUCAUCAUAAAGGGGACCUUCUGGGUCUCGGGACUCGGUGUCAGCUCCUUCUUUCCUCAGUCUAACUCAGAAACCUUGCCCCCGCAUCCUUCUAAGUUCUAGAAAGAAGGAACAACGAGCCCGGGGGGACUGGCCCUUCCAGCCUCCAAGGCUGGGACAGUAAAUGCCUGCUGUGUGAGCCGCCGAGGCGCAGCUCUGUGCUGCAGGAGCUCCGGCAAGCCGGCGAACACGCUCCGUAGGCACGGAAAGCACACGCGGUGUGUGCCACACGGGAUCAGAAAAGGAAACUGUUGGUGCGCCCGGCUGGCUCAGUCCAUGCAGCGUGUGACUCUUGAUCUCGGGGUCAUGAGUUCGAGCUCUGCAUUGGGUGUAGAGAUGACUUAAAUAAAUAAACCUAAAAAAAGAAGGAAACCACCUAGCUACACCCUAGUAACAGUGAAGAACACCACAGACAAGGAGAAUGUUUUAAAAACAACCACAGAGUAAAGAAAUCCCUUACACAGGAAUGAUGGCAGUUCUCAGCAAUAACAGAACCCUAAGGACCUCGGAUUCCAGGGAAAAUAACUGUCUAUCAAGAAUUCUGUGCCUGGAGGGGCGCCUGGGUGGCUCAGUCGUUAAGUGUCUGCCUUCAGGGCGCCUGGGUGGCUCAG